UUGGGAAGAUCUGUGUUGAGCCACGCUGAAGCUAUGGUUCGUAAGUAUUUGCUCGAGACUAGCCGCUACGGCUAAUGCCGAAAAUGUCGGUUCGCUGUAUCAUGUGACCCAUGAAUCUUUCUCGGCGGACCACAACAGUGUGCCAACGAUGGACUCGACAGUACCCAUGGAACUGUCGUUACAUGAGUCGCAGUGCUGAAGAAAUUGCAUCUGCAUCUUCGAAACAAAUACCCGAUGGCCCUCCUGCUAUCACGUUCGAGUCUUUGGGACUACGACCCUCUGUCGUAAAUGCCAUGCAUGCAGCCUUUCCCAAUGUUCGGGAUCCAACAGAUGCGCAAACGAGACUCAUUCCAGCAGUUCUGAGUGAUAUGGAUGUCCUUGUCACUGAUGACACAGGGUCUGGAAAGUCCUUUGGUCUCUUGCUCUCUCUCCUCAACAAACCUCGCCUACGAUAUAAGAAUAAGGAAACCGGACUUGUACGCGAAAGCUUGUCCAUCACGUCGCUGUUCAUUGUCCCCCACCGUGAUUUGGCAUUCCAAUUAUACCACUGGGUUCAAUGUAUAUCAAAUGCCGCGUCUACCACCUCCCCUGGCACUCCCUCAAUCUCAGCUAUUGCCCAAGUCCUCGUUCGAGAUGGAAAAAUGCACCUUGACUCUGGUUUGACUGCCUUACGCUCAAACCCACCACAUAUUCUUAUUGCAACGCCACAGGCGGUGAUGGAUGUAUAUCGCCAAGAACCGGAAGCCCUUCCAUUCAUGGAACUCUCUACUGUAGUAGUGGAUGAGAUUGACUACCUCGUGGAAACCAUGCCGCACAAAUCAGAGGAAACCACGUAUUGGAAGACGAUUCAGAAACGGCAGGCGAAGCUUGCACGACAUCCUGGGGUGACCAAGGAGCUACUUGACAUCAUCUACUCACAGCGGAAGAAGAUGUCCGAGGAGAACCGGGAAGAACUUGUGAAUGAGCCUUACCAUACGCCACAGCUGGUGGUCUCUAGCGCAAGUGUUCGGAAACAUCUUUCAAGCCACUUGUUCUAUGAAAGUGGGUGGAUGAGGAAGAAGAAUACAAUCAUCGUGCAUGGAUCGCCGAAGGCCGUAGCUCCACAUAGUGGGCUUGGAGGUAAAGACGUCAAGCAUUCAGUGCUCGUGGUAUCUGGGGUAAAGGUUACGAAUAUCGAGGAAGCUGUUCCGACGACUCCUGAAGGAGAUCGUGAUGCAACGAGGAAGUUAGCCGAGAAUAGCGAAGGUCAGCCGGUAGUUGUUGAUGUCAGCGCUGAACAGCGAAGCGCUUAUGAGGGUAAACCUUCUCCGUUUAAUCCCAAUGCCUUGGAAGCUGUGGCUGUGGCGUUUGCACUCGAUGUCCCUUCUGUCGCGUUGCUUGUUAUACGUCCAGAAGCGUCCGUGCAGCGUGCUGUAUACGACCUGCGGAGCAUGGGUGUGAAUGCUGUUGCUCUAGAUGUGGCGAAGAUGGAGCGAGGCGGUGCUCAUCUAUUGAGCUACGGCGAUACGAGCGAAUUCAAAGCGAACCCGACCCUCUUAGUGUGCACACGGGCGAUGACGCGAGGAAUAGAUUUUCCGGAACUCACACACGUGUUCAUCAUGGAAUUUUUCCAGGGCAAAAUGAGCGGUCAGACGGUGGACGAGUACCUACAUAUUGCAGGACGAGUGGGGCGAUUCGGACGUGGGGGUAGGGUGAUAACGCUGGUGGAAAGGGGACCGGUGGCCGGCACGGAAACGAAGGACGGACGAAGAACGGGAGGAAAAGAGGACGCCAAGAUGAUGUCGAUACUGAAGAGUAUAGGAUGCAGCCCUGACAGGUUCGAAUAUUUCGAUUGAAAUUGAAACGGGACGGGUUGUCGAGGAGGCUGGGGUUCGUCAUGAUGAGUCGAUCAGGGCAUGAAGGUUGCUAACUGUGUCAGUCACAAACCGUCCGUUGCUCUAGACAACCAAUGUUCGACCUGGUUUCCAAAACAUUCAUUUUUAUGUUAUAUUUUUAAUUUUUUUGCUACGGAGCGAUACCAAAAUAUUGGGCAUCAUACAAGUACGUAUCAGGACCGUAUACCCACCACACAUUUCAUCAUGCGGCAGCAAGGCUGAGGAUACCCCGAAAAUGAUAGAUGCCAGUUAUUUUCUGAUGCAGGAAUCAGAAUAGUUAUAUAUUUUAUAAAUAUCGCCGAAUUGAUUAUCUUCAGAUGUGC